AUGGACAACUCGAUUCAUUGGCGUAUACCAAAGUCCAUGUCCAAAAGGAUCACCGGAUAUAUUGGUGAAAGGACCGUAAGGCCCAUCCAGAGACUUUGGCUUGGUUACAAUCACGAUUACGUGGCGGAGAUUUCUGACGAUGAUUAUCUCUGCAACAUCGAAAAUUACGACAACCUUGAAGGUCUUGUGGGCGAUAUUGAUAGCGAAGGGGCGUCAUUCAUGGUUCGGAAAUCCCCUCACUCUAGACCCCGUUUACUUACUUGGAUUAAAGCAGCUUGCUAUGAAUAUUGA